AAAUAAUGUUUUAUUAGACUUAAGAAUUUAUAAAAUUAUUAUAUCAGUAUCCAUGAAUAAACUACAAGAACUACAGGUUAUUAUAUAUUUUCAUUAGGGCGUCCAGUUGCGAUUAGUUGCCAAUACCUUUUGUUUCGACUUCAUACUAAUCUUUUGACAGAGCACUUUCUUUGUGCAUAAGGCUUAUUUUAAUUAUUCUCAUAAAUUUACAAGUGAAACAAUCCAAAGCCAAAUUUUGUGUCACAAUAAUUUUCAUAUCAUUAAAAACGCAAAACAAAAAUGAUACUUUAAUAUCAUUUUUCGAUUACUGAUUACUGAUUUUUAUCAUGGGUUAGGUAAGUGCUAAUUUAUAAUUCUUAAAACUACUAAAUUUUAUAGAAUUAUCUUCAAUAUCACAUCAUAUGUAUGCACAUCACUAUUAAAUUUGUUACAUUUAUUGUUGUAUAGAUAAAAAACACGCGUAUAUACAUUUGGAUUACCUGAAUAUCUCGAGAGAAAAGUAAAUCUUCACCAAAGUUGGAAGACAUGGAGAAUUUCGGCAAUGUCGGCGAGGGCGAUAUAGGACAAAUUAAAAAAAAAAAAGUUCCACUACGAUUUCGGAAUGAUUUCGGAAAACGAUGGCAUCGUUUUCGAGUUCUAACGUCGCGUUCAUGUAUUCUUCGAGGUUCUUAUGCAAUGAACGAUCGUCGCUUCAAGUUCAAAAGUCGAGGACGGCAAGCGACACCGUGCUCGGUGGUGGCCAUCGUUUACGGUCGCCUGUUUGAACCGAAGGAGUGGACGAAAGAUCACAUCGAUCAAGUACUAGAAUACGGUGACAAAUUGUUUCGUGUAAGCUUGACAAGGAACCCACUAAAAGACGAAGAAUACAUGAGAGCCAAUCUUGUACACAACGAGUUCUAUAUUGGUUUCUACAAAGUUCUAGUUAAUAUCGAGGACAGCGGUAUUCAUGGCAAUCUCUUUAGCGAAUCAGUUGGCUAUUCGGAUUUUGCUGAAGGUCUCCAAAAAUUUCUAAAGAACAACGAUUCCGGAGUAAUCACUGCUCAGGGUAGUUCCGUCGCAAUAUGGCGUCACGCUGACGAUUCGGAUAGUUUUUUUUAUUAUGAUCCAGCAUCAUGUGACGAAACCGGCCUGCGUUGUCUUGAUGGUACAGCUUGCCUUCUGAGAUUUAAAAACAUAACUGAUUUGCACGACCAUUUGCUGAAGAAUCUGAAUUCGCGUUAUAAUUCUCGAUAUUGCAUCGCUAAGGUCAUCAUAUUGCGUGUCACAGAGGUCGGUCGUGGAUUCGUUGAUCGUCUAGCCGAAGUCACUGGUCCACCGAUAGUUCGAAAAAGCGUAUUACGAUCCAUUAAUCCCGUGGAUGUCGAUGAUCACAAAGUGGAUUGCACCAAGCCCGUACCUAAAGAGGAAAAGCUGCAUACACUCGCAAGAGUACGGAAAGAACCUUUGUCCAUCACUAUUUCAAAUUAUAGCAUCGAUCGCCGCUUCGCCACGGAGCUGCUGGUGAACCGAAACAAUUUUGACACGGGAUAUUCAUACGAUGACAUGCGCGUGAACGUACCGUCUACGUUUAGAGAGUUACCCGACAAAAUAGCUAUUCUUCAUGGUCUGACCCAUGAAGACAAUGAGACGUACAAGGGCAGGGGCGCACAAAAUGUAGCAAAUUGCGUAAUGGCUAUUGGUAUGAAGAAGGUGCAUCCAGUAAAGACAUGGGUAAGAUCAAAGCUCGACGAGAUUCUGACGUUAGGCGACUCGUUGUACGCUAAAGUUAAAUCCGAUAAGCCGAUGAUAAAGACAAUAACGGCUGCCGAUUUAGACGACACAAAAAUUCAAAUAGAAGAUCAUAAAUUAGUGAUAGAUGUCGAUCUGAUCACCGUGACCGGUACAAUUAGCUCGAAAGUGCCAUCGGUGUUAAACCUGAAGCAGGCGUUGGAAGAAUUUUUUCUGCUGAACGAGGAAGGCGUGAUCGAAACAACUUCAAUGGCAGUAGCAGUCUGGAGCGAGGAUGAUUGUUACUAUCUGUUUGAUCCACGAUCUUGCGAUGCUGCUGGGAUAAGGAUAAGAGAAGAGAAGACUGUCACAAAGACUGCUGCGGGGAGGGGUAAGAAGGAGAAAUCCGAACAGAAGGAUAAAGAAGUAGGACAUUGUUGCGUGAUUCGAUUUCCAGACGUGGAUUCUUUAGUUGCGCUGCUCUUGCAGAACGUUGAUCCUACGAGAAAGAAUGACCGAUUCACCAUCCGACAUGUUACGAUCGUGGAGGAUGUGCCCGGUACUCGAGCUUGGAAUGAGUUUCAGCCUGGUAUGGCGGGUAAGACAUGGGUGUUGCGAGGCGGAAUAUCCAACGUGAACGAGUUAUUCGAGGAGGAGAAUCAAGGAGUUCAAGGACUUGCCAUGCCAGUUGUGGCCUUGGUGAGUGCGAGAGAAACGCCAGCGGCAAAAUGGAAUAGCGAGACCAUCGACCAAGUGAUCAGGGAGGGCGACGCUUAUUACAACUGGUGCAAACCUGCCGAAAUGGAAGAAGAAACUGAAAGAUUGUUUCUUGUUCGAGAUCUCAAGAAGAACUUGUACUUAAAAAAUCGAAAAGUAGUUAUCGAUAUCGAAGAAGCGACGGUUGUCGGCGACUUAUCAGCAUCGGAUGAUUCUAAAGUGCCCAAUUUGAAAAAAGGGUUGCGUCAAUUUUUCGACAACAAACGUUAUGGAAUAGUCGAGGCGAAAAGACUCUCGGUGGCAGUUUGGAAAGAGGAAGAAGAGAUCAAAAACAAAGAUAAAAAAGAGCAGACAUUUUAUUAUUAUUUCGACCCGAACCCUCGUGAUAAAUUAGGUCAAUUAUCGGCGGAAAGAGACGAAGAGAAUUCUGCCUGCUUGGUACGCUCUUCGGAUCUGUCCUCGUUAGCAGAUCUCAUUAAAAAGAAUGCAGGACAGGAUGUCGAAGGUGAAAACGAUUUUAUGAUACACGAAUUGAAAAAUGUCUCUAUCGGUACGCUAAUGACAAACGAGGAGAUCGAGGCAGACAAACAGAAACCGAUCGUACCAAAUUUGAACAAUUAUUCCAACUUGGGCAACACUGGAGCUUUACUUUUGGGUACCAUCGAUCAAAGAAACGAAUUGGCUUUCAAACGAACGACGAGAGAUAAACAACAGGCCGCUAACUCUCUAACAACCUUGGCCAUGACAAAACUUUAUGAUCCUCAUCUGUGGUAUCGCGAGCUUGUAGAUGACAUCUUGAGAAUAGGCGAUAAACUCGCCAACGAAAAUCUGAAGAAUCUACCUGAAGUGGAAGCUGAGGGGGAAUCUCCCAGGAAUUAUCUUCUCCCCUCGGACAUCGCAGAGGACUUCGCCAUAGGGGUUAAUCGAAUGUCGAUUGGUCUUGAAGAAGAAUCCAUCACCGGAAGAAUGACUGACGUGACAGGACUGCUGGAACAGUUUUUCAAGGAAAAUGCGAUGGGAGUUUUUCGUCAAGGUGACGUAAUGAUGCCGAUUUGGAAAGAGGGCGGGGUGUUCUUCACGAUGGAUCCCUUCACGAUGGAUCCCAGAGGCAGGAACGCCCAAGGCGAACCGAGGGAUAAGGACGGAGCUGCAGCAGUAAUGUGGUUCACUGACAUUCCCUCGUUAGCUAGAGUCCUUCAGCCAGUUACACGGCAAGCUGACGACUUCGCCAUCGAUGCCGUCUCAAUUGAGAAUGUAUACGAGACGCGAGUGGCUAAAGCCCAACGUGUUAAGAAAACCACUUCCGGUGAAGAUCUGUGGCAUCAUUUUCCCAAAAUUGCCGAGAGUGUCUGGAGUAUUGACGGAAACAUCACUAUGACAGACGAGAAGUUUGAUGAGGCAAACCGCGGCAAGCAAAGUGCAGCCAUCGCCGCGAUGGCCAUCGUCUUCUCCAAGGUUUAUCAACCGAGACAGUGGACACCAUCAGUACUUGAUGAAGUUAUCGUUACCGGCGACAAGCUGCACUCGAAGUGCGUCGAAAGACUUGGCAACGGUUCCAUACCUCUAGUAAAUGAAAUCAUCAGCGAGUUUUUUCUGUCCUCUCGGCGCAUCGCUCUAACAAUCAAAGACUGUGUUGAAGCGGGUAGUCUUACCGGUAGGCCUCCCAAGAUUCAAGAUUUGAAAAGCGGAAUCGACAGUUUUUUCAACAAGUACGAAACUGGCGUGUUGACCGUACGAGGAAACCAAAAUCUAGCUAUAUGGAAGGUCAAUAACGCGUGUUAUGCUUUGAUACCCGAUUGGUCUACUACUACAGAAGAAAUCGUGUCAACGAUACCGCGAGUGAUCAGAUUCAAGGACACGAGCUUCCUUGUAGAAUAUCUUCUACAGCAGUUGGGAACCGAAGGCGAUUAUCAAAUUACCGCGAUCGACGUACUGGACUGGAAUAAACCGCCACCUGAGAAACUCGAUCCUAGUCCGGCGAUUCGACCGGCGAAUCUGCCUCCUCUGAACGCUUAUAGAAAAUUACGAGGUGAGGCGCGUGCUAUCUUGCGUGGAAGUUAUCAUCAAAAUGACAACAUCUUUCCCGAGACGCUGCGCGGUCGACAGACAGCAGCGAAUUGCGUCGUUGCGCUCGGUAUGUCGGUCAUCAAGAGCCCCGUUACCUGGACGAAGAAAACUAUGGAUGAGAUCCUAGCGAUUGGCAAUGGCGUUUACCAAGAGACAAAAAGAUACAGACCCGUUGAGUUGAGACCGAAACCGAAGGACAUUAUUCGAAUAUUUUAUAUAGGUGUCAAUGUUUUGACCGUUGAUGUUGAACCUAAUACCGUGAUCGGUUCGGUGGUGGAUGUUUCUGUUGUUUCGGAAGACAAGAAAAAGGGGCGAGAAGAGACGAAAGAAAGGAUUGACAAAGGCAAGAACAAAGCGAUUCAACGACAAGAACAAUCGUUACCUUCUCCGAUUUUACUCGAAGAAGGCUUGCGGAAUUUUUUUCAAGAUAAUCGUGCUGGUAUUCUGGUAACAGAUCGCGGCAUGAUCGCCAUUUGGGAGGAUCUGGGGAUUUACUUCAUGUACGAUCCCAGAGCCAAAAACGAUCAGGGUCUGCCGGAUUCUCGCGGAACCUCGUGCGUAAUGUGGUUCGCUUGUAUGGAACCUCUGUACGAUACAAUCUUGGCGAACAUCGAUCCACGUGAGAGACACGGAACGUUCGAGAUCUGUCGGGUGAUUGUAAAAAACGUUCUGAUCGAAGCAUUGCCAUGCCCAGGUGGUUUUCAACCAUAUUUAGACCGUAAAACUCAAAUUCCCUGUUCAAAAAAGAUAGUAACGUUGAAUGUAGAACCGCUGGGCGAGUACAAAGUCGUGGACGAGGAGCUGAGCGUUCUGCACGGCAGCUUGCACAUGCAUCAUCGCACCUUCAGCUUGAGAAACAGGGGUCUGCAAAGUACAGCGAUCGCGGCGGUCGCCAUUGUAGUAGGGCUACUUCACGUACCAUCCACGUGGUCCUCCGAGCUGAUCGAUGCCGUGGUCAAGUGCGGUGACUCGCUGUACUCGGAUAGUGCACGAGCUGCUCGAUCGGGCGUCAGGAAUCUCUCGCCUAGCGAAUUGCUCACCGUAUUCAUCGUGGGUGACUCGAGAGUCUCCAUUCACGUUCACGAUCACACCACCGCGGGGAUACUUCUCGAUGCCUUCGACCUGUCCGAAGCGCUCGCCAUGUUCUUCCGCGCCAACUGUGCUGGAAUAUUGCACACAACCAAUCUGGCAGUGGCCGUAAUGCAAUAUUACGGUAAAUUCUACAUGUUCGACCCAUGCUCCAGAAACAAUCGGGGCAGACCCACCUAUGAUGGCGCCGCGUGCAUGUUCAAGUGUAACAGUAUCGUAAAGAUGGCCAAAAUAUUCGUAACGAAUUGCAAUCUUAAACGGCCGAAUGUGUAUACUCUAAACGCGGUUAAUGUAUCGAACCUACAUUUCUUCUCGAUCACGAGAGACGUUUGUUCAUCUAAACAUUAAUAUAUAUCUUCUUAUCAACAUUUUAUGUUUUUUCUUUCUCUAUUCGCCAAGUAGAUACAACAAAAUGCAUAUAUGUACAAUCUCAAAGUCGAAGCAGAAGUACGUAAAAUUUUCAGAAUUGGAAAAAAUAUUUUACCAUCUUACAAAAAGCAUGCAAAACUUUCGUGUCUCGUUCGACGAAAGAUAAAUGGAAGUGAGAAAGAAUUCGUACACGCGGCCGACAACGUUCUCAAAGUGCUAAUUUUAUUUAUAGGUUUUCUUUAUGACACAAAUCACUUUUAGCAUCUACAUGAGUAGGAGUACAGGCUAUACGAGAAUGAAUGAUACAGAUCGCUUAUUAAUGUAAAUACAAUGUUCCUUUUCCUCAAUUACACGCGCGCUAUCAGCCUAGAUACUUAGAAAACACUGUACAACGCAGCUGAGAACUGUCGAUUGAUACUUUACAAUAUGAUACAAUCACUCCUUUGAAGCGAGACACGAGCUCCGAACCCGUCUCGAUCGGCACGAGCUUGGUCACCCUCGUCACUUUCGGUGGAAAGGGGUCAUCUGCGUCAUCUGCGACUCGCGAGCAAAUCUCGAUACCCUCUCUUCUCGAGUAGACUAUAGGCCGUAUCGAGCGAGUUUGCUCGCAUACCGAAAAUCGCAUUCCGUGUCCCAGGGGUACAUUUCUCUUUCCAUACCCGGUAACGUCGAACCGCGAGCGAUCCGUCACCGCAAAUCCUAGGUGACAUCGCCUCGUCGUUCCUAACAGAACGAAAAGGGAGACAGUGAGCGUGCUUGAGAUUAGCACCACAAUAUUUUCUUUCCUCGCGGGACAAGUACCGCUUCUUUUUCCCUCGUAGCAUAUCAUUGUUCAUCGGUCUCAUUCGCGCGUUACUCUUACAAUCGCGUACAUUACUCAAGCAAUUUCGCACUCGUCUUAUUUUCGCCAUCGUUUUGCUACGUCUCUAUCACCGCUCGCCGUCUCCUCUUUUCCUUCGCGCACUCGUCUCUCGUGAAACGUUGCUGGUUGUCCUUGCCCCGUACUUAUUCGAUAAAUAGGUACUUCGAUUCUUCGAUCGAACGUCCUUGUACGCACGAGAGUCUACAUUUCGAUUGUAUAAUAUACAGAUCGUUCGAUGAAGCAAAUUGACUCGCGAAAAGGUUUCUACUAAAUGCCGUUUUCAGUCUGUUUAACGAGUUCGAUCGACAAACGAAGAAGGCGGGAAGGAAGGGAGAGAGAACGUCGGCUCGAGUGAUGGAAGGGCAAUGGAAGGAGAGAGAAAAAGAGCAAAUUCGCAUCGAUGGCCCAUGCUCCACGGCCGACGGAACUAGGUUGAAUGGAAUAUAAUGUCAAAAAACAAUAUGUAUUAUCGCGGUAAUAUUGGCAUGACGUUGUUAUGGCACGUUUAGUUCGCUGCUAUACUCGGCGAUGCGUUUCUACAGCGGCUCUUGCUGUACAUACAGACAUCGGAUCAUUUCAGUCGAUGAAAUAAUAAUAAAAAAAAAA